GAGCAGCUAGGUAAACAAACAGGAGAGGAGAGGAAACGAGCUGCAGCAGGCACUUUGCUGGCUCUGGGCUCCCUCGGGGGAAAUUUUAUAUUGUUUAUACCCGUUUUUGUAAAAAUAAUAAUAGUAAUUUGAUAUCGCGUUUCAUAGAAACUUUUAAUACUUUGAUACACUGGUUUUGACAUUUUCUAACAACGAAACCUGGCAAGGAUUGGCUAUAGCUUGCUAGCUUACACUGGAUUUUUUUUUUUCUUUUUUUCCAUCUCGACAAAAGCUGCUGAUGAGCCAGCAAAGACACUGAACAAGAUAAUAAUACGCCGGGGCUUUUUUGUUGUUUUUAAACAAAGCUUACCAGUGUAGUAAUAACCGAUGUACUGUCUUCCCUGUAUUUAAAAGCGACCGGUCGUUGCUGCUGCCAAAGCUAACGUUUAAACGCCGAAGAGAGCUUUGCUAACGUUAACGGCAGCCAGCCUCAGGAAAGAAUGACGGCUGUUCAGUUAAUAAAUAUCCAACGGUUAUUGGAAGCAGCGGAAUAUCUAGAAAGGAGAGAAAGAGAAUGUGAACACGGAUAUGCUUCGACAUUUCCGUCAAAUCAGAACACAAACUACCAGAGGCAAAGAAAAUUCCGAAAUAAGAAGUUCAGCAGUAACCACAAUAGGUCGACACAUAAUGAGCUGGAAAAGAAUAGACGAGCUCACCUGAGGCUGUGUCUGGAGCGGUUGAAGGCCCUCAUACCUCUGGGACCCGACUGUAACCGCCACACCACCCUGGGCCUGCUCAACAAAGCCAAAGCACACAUAAAGAAACUUGAAGAGGUGGAAAGGAAGAGCCAGUACCAGCUGGAGUCUCUGGAACGUGAGCAGAGGCACCUCCAGCGUCAGCUGGAGCUGCUGAGGGGAGGCAGUGGAGCUGCAGCCCAGAGCAGCCCAGGGGAGGGAGAGAGGAUACGCAUGGACAGCGUGGGCUCCACCCUCUGCUCCGACCGCUCUGACUCUGACCAAGAAGAGAUUGAGGUGGACGUGGAAAGCACGGAGUUCUCCCAUGGAGAGCUGGACAGUGUGAGCACGGCCAGCACCAGCGACCUGGACGACCACAGCAGCCUGCAGAGCAUGGCCAGCGAUGAGGGCUACUCCUCCUGCAGUGUCAAACUUGCCUUCUCCUCCUAGAAGACCCCACACCACCGUGACCGCCACCUCCCUGCCAAACCGGCCUGCCCUCCCAUCUGUUUAUCCAUCCAGCCAUGCCUCCGUAAACAUACACCCAGCCACUUGACGACGGGCACGCCCCCCAGCUAACGGCGUCCUAGUUGCUUCUCAGCAGCGCCCCCUCUCUGCUCCCCGGCUUUUAGUUUCCCUCCACGCUGCUGAACCCCCCCAUCGGAGGAGCUCCAGUGAGCACACUCCUUUCCCUCUAAACUUUGAGCCACCCUGACCAACGCUGGCACCAGGGACCCAGGCACAGUGAUGUGAGACUGCAAAUUGAUUUUAAUCUUAUUUUAAAGGGAGAUCAGAGAUUUGGUUGAUAUUAAAGAAAUCCACAUCUUGAUUUUUAAACCCAUAACACAAAAUUAGUGGUUGAUUUUACUUCUGGUGUUUCCUUAAACCACUGAGUUUUUUUUUUUUUUUUUUUUUUUUUAAGAAACACAACCCCUCUCCACUCCCCCUAAUUUAACUCAGAAUGCACUUAAUUUCAUAUAUUAUUGAAACGAUUGAGCGUUAGUCUUUGGUUCUCCCUCCUGCGGGUGUGUGUUGAGCUGAUCCUGUGUGUCCGUUGACAUUGUGCUGUCGGGCCUGGAUAAACCGGGAGCACAUCUAAUCUGGACUUUAAUGAACACUGUGGGUCAACUUUGCCGUAUCAACACAGCUUGGCCCUGAAAAAACAAAAAAGCGUCCCUCAAGCCCUGAAUUUAAUCCACUUUCUUUUUUCUUUUCAUUACCUCUGCUCGACACCAGAGAAGCUCGGACACUUGAAUUGGUGCUAUUGUGAAACAUACCAACCAACGGGGGGAAGCAGAUCAGAUCCACCACCACUAAGCUUUUAAAGCAAACAAAGCGUGUCUGCCGUGAUUGUUUCCAACCAAGCACGGAGGAAAACAGCCACAUAAAUGGAGGAAAAAAACAAAACAGACAAAAAAAAAUAACAUUCCUGUCGAAUGUGGGUGCUCAGUGCAUUUUCAAAGAGUGGAAAUUGUAACUUUGUGUGUGCGUGCGUGCGUGCGUGUGUGUGUGUGUGUGUGUGUGUGUGUGUGUUUCGUUUCGGUUUCUUUGCCCUCAACAAGCAGCUACUACAAGCUAUCCUGCACUUGCCUACUUUAGAGCUGUCCGUAGAAAUGGCACAAACCAAGAGGAAAACAGUAACACACAAAACAAACUACAGCAACAAGGAAAAAGUCCAAACAGCAGCAAACUUUGGAAUAGACGCCCAUCCUCUUUCCAGCAGUAACAAGCAAUAACUCUUGUAGUUGUUUUUGUCUCGUCAGUUUGAACUCCUUCCCGUUUUUUUUAUUUUUAUUUCACCUCCCCCUAAAGACUCAUGUGUGACCGUCCAAAUUCUUAUUUUUUUUGUGCAUACAGAUAGCUUAAUAAAUGAAACUUUAAAAAUGAGUUUAAAAAAAGGUAGAGCUCAUGGAUAGAACUGUUGCCUCUGUUGCUGUUUUGACCUGUGCUUAUUGUGCAAAUUCAAAUUUUUUUAAUCUUCUUCAGAGUGGCAGUGAAUGCACCGUUACUGUGCUGGCUGAAACAUUGAAAAGUUGCCCAAGGAAGACAAAAGUUAAGCUACAUAAAAAACAGUACAACAGCUUCACAUUACAUUUACGGAAAAAAAUAGCGAUCCAGUAGGAUUUUUGGUGGAGAAUGCGAAUUUUGUUUGGCUCUGUGUUUAUUUAUUAGACUUUUAUUUUUAUCCUCCUGUUUCUGUUACUCGUGAAUGGGAGGUUUUAAAAGCUGCAUAUGGCAUUCCACUGAUGGUCAGGUGAUUCGCGGAGGAAAAAGUUUGAAGUGCGGAGAGAAGAAAACGGGUCGUAUGAUGUCAAUGUUCUCCAUCCCAACUCCACUGGCAUUAAGAAAUUGCACUUCAAACCACAGUUCUCGUUGUUAUUUUCUUUCUUUUCUUUUCCGCUGUCAUGUUGAGCUAUCCUUGAAAGAAGAGGAAAAAAACAA